AUGUCGGCAACUAGAAAGCUUCGGUUGUUGUGUUUCGGAGAUUCUCUUACCGAAGGGUGGCAUAAAAACGGAUUUAAAUUUCACCCAUACACAAUUAGGUUAGGUGAGCUAUUUAAACAAAUCAAACGAGAAGUUGAAAUCGUUAAUCGUGGCAUCAGUGGCGAAGUGGUAUACCCGGAAAUGGUUACAAGACUACCUGCAAUUCUCGAAAAGGAGGACAAGUAUGACUUUGCAAUUAUACUUGGUGGUACAAAUGACAUGGCAGAUCUAGACAAUGCGCAGGAAGUUGACCUUUUUAAGAAUGUUAAGCGUUUGCACGAGAUUGCACAUGAAAAGAAUAUCAAAACAUGUGCAAUAACCAUUCCCCAAUGUUCUUUUGACAUGCUGCCUCAGUCAGGACGGUAUGUCAAGUACAGGGAAGAAGUGAAUAAAAAGUUGCGAGAAUUUGCAUCGGUAAAUUCGAAACUUGUUUGCCUUUGUGACUUAUCAAGAAAGUUACCAAUGUUUGGUAUUAGCGAUUCAGACCUCAUGAAGUACUGGGAUGAUGACCUCCACUUUACACCUCAGGGAUAUGACAAAAUGGCAGAAUUGAUCUUUGAAGUUAUAAAGGAUUUCAUUGACUUAAAUUGA